GGGUUGAAGGUGACGGUUUCAACGCGUCAUGUUUGGCGCCAGCAUUUUCGCGGGGAGUGAGGAGUGGACAAACGCAGCGUAACCUUGAUCAUUUACAAACACUGUUGUAUAAACUCUCCCGAUUCCUCUGAUACAGCUCGUGUGUCGAUGAUCUCGCCUUCAGUGGGCGAUAGCGUGUCCUCAGGCGCGAGGCUGUGAGGAGGAUGAUGGCAGCAGUGCCUCUGUCUAGUGCCAGCCUCCUUCCUCUUCUGGAGUGUCUGGAAGAUGAAGCAGCCGGGCUGUCAGAGAAGACAGAUGCCUACAUCACCAUCGCAAACCGCCUGAAUGGAGAGGAAGGGCGUCCGUUUCUGCCUGUAGUUGUAAAACAUUUUGCACGUCUUAGUAAAGUCCUUUUGGUUCAUAUCUCCAGUGAGAACGAGGAGCUGUGUCAAGCUGCAUUGCAAGCUUUGGGAUUCUGUGUUUUCCACUCACACAUUGUUUCAGUCAUACCAGCAAAUAUUUCAGAAGAUAUACUGUCAACGCUCUGUAAUGUUGUGGUAAAAUCAAAAGAGAAGUUUACGUGCACUCGAGCGUUAUGGGUGAUUUCAAAACAGAAUUUCCCGCCAGAAGUGGCAUCCAAAAAGACCCCAGAGAUUCUGAAGAGUCUAGAGGCCAUGCAGACCAGAGAGGUUCAGUCGAUCCUCAUUGAACAUGAAUCACUCAAUGUCAUCAUAAGGUUGCUGGAGCAGGCCCCGUCUCAAAUGGCUGCUGGAGCCGUGUGUUGGGCCAAGCUGGUUAUUCCUCUGGUGGUUCACUCGGCCAAUAAAGUGCGCUUGCGUGCCGCAGCAGCCCUGGAGCUGGGCUUGCCUCUUCUUCUGGAGAAGCAGCAAGAGGUGGCUGCCAUUGUAGAGCCGAUGAUGUCUUCUAUGCUUAUCCCUGAAAUGCAGAAGCUGUUUACAUCUAAAAAUGAGACUAAUAUGCUGAAGCUCUGGCCCUUGUUUGUGAGACUUCUGGGGAAGUUGCUCCACAAAGGCGGUGCUUUCAUUAAUUCCUUGCUGUAUUUAGAGGAGUUGGGUUUCCGCAACUCUUCUCCUAAUAUUAAGAAGAUUGCCUUCAUAGCUUGGAAAAGCCUCAUUGAUAAUUUCGCCCUUAAUCCAGAUAUCCUGUGCAGCAGCAAGCGUCUAAAGCUCCUCAUGCAGCCCCUUAGUUCCAUCCAAGUCAGGACUGAAGCCCUUCUGCUCACUAAGCUGGAAGUGUGGUGGUACCUUGUAGUCAAGCUCGGACCCAACUUGUCCGCUAACUUUGAGCAGGUUGGUGUACCACUACUGCACAACACACUUCCAUCUGAUUCUCCAUUGCUGAGCCCGACUACACCUGCUCGAACCUCUAACCCAAGCAAUGGCACCCCUAACACCCCUAAAUCAGGCAUUCCCUCCUGCAGCACACCAAGCACUACUCCUCGCAUGAAUCUGAACAGCAGUGUGCAGGCGGCUCAGUCCUACCGCUCCAUUCAGCUCCUCGGACUAGAGAUGCUCCUGCACUGGCUUGAGGGUCCGGAGGUUACAGUCACAGCAGCUAGAGAAAAUCUUCAGCUCAGUCUGGAGCCCCUGACGCACCCGCUCUUUACCAGCCCUUCUUCCUUCAGUAGACAUGCCUCCACCCUCAUAUCAGCCGUCAAAGAAGGCUUCAUUACUGUGGGAGAACAUGCUCCAGAAGCAUUGAUUAGUCUCAUUUGGAGCAACCUGAUCUGCUCUGUCAGCACAGCUAUAGAAGCCGGUAAUAAGAAGGAUAGACAGGGGUCUGAGGUUCUCACACUGCUUCUACAGGCUUUGCAGUCCAUCAUGUCCUCCUCCGAUCUGCCUGCUGAACGUGCCCUGCUUUUGCUGGAAGCCACUGUUAAGGGAAUACCUCAGAAGGUGCUCGGUUCCGCAGCUUAUCAAGUGGCAAACAUGGAUGUGUUAAAUGGUACGCCAGCACUUUUCCUGAUACUGCUGUUCUCCAAGAGUAGCCAGCUCUCAUCCUUUCUUGAAGAUGAGAGGUUUUUUUCAACCCUGGAAAUCCUUGUGAGCUGUGGGUUUUGUGGACCUACAUCGCCCCUGGCAUUUGGAGAGGCUGUUUUAGGAGCGAUUAGUGGGAGUGUGGAGGCUGUUAAGGACAAGAAACAGCUCUGGAGGAUGUGGAGCACGGUGGUAAACCAUCUGACGGACACCAUCACUCAGACCAAUGAAGUGAAUCAAGGAGAUGCUCUGGAGCAUAACUUCAGUGGCAUUUACAGUGCCUUGAUGUUCCCAGUUGUUCACCUUCUGCCUGGUUCACCCCUGCCCCAAACCUCUCAGAAGGCCAUGAUCUGUACUUGGUCCAGGCUUUACAAGGCGUUUGCUCGCUGCUCAGCUUUGGUAGCCACAGCAGAGGAGAACAUAUGCUGUGAAGAGCUGUGUGCCAAGAUCUCUGCCUCUCUCGACACCGACGCUCUGAAAAAUCUGCCGAUGUUAGAUGUAAUGGCAAAUAUCUUGCUCAUCCUCUCUGAGAGCAUGGACUUCUCACCUUACACCCCACAGUUCCAGCAGAAGAUGAAAUCUUCCCGAACACCUUUGAGAUGGGUACGCAAGAAGAGCAAAGCUCUGGGGAAUCUCUCGACCUUCCACACUCUCCUGAUGCAGACUCUAGAUGCUUUCCUGUCUGUGGACCUCUCCGAAGCAUCUGUGGAGUCCACCAGUGGAAUUGGCUUGAUGCUGGUUUCUAACUUGUCAACACUUUUCACUAAUAUCACUCUACCCACGUUCAUUCAAGAGGUGCUGUCCAUCCUCACCAAACCACUCGCGCACCUUUUUCAACAGUUCUCCAGGUGUGUUGCAUUUUCUUAUCCUUUAUACUUUGAACUUUCUUUUUGUCAUUAUCGAACACUGUUUGUUUUUUCUUUCUUUUAUGAAAGUCAUGAUGAACCAUCAAAGCUCAGUGCGACACUAGGACCCAAGUUGGAGAAACUGGCCACAGACCUGCUUGGCUGCCUUCAGACACAAUCAACUCUGCAUGAUGAUGAGAUGCUUGCCAUGUUGUCGCCCUUGCUUUGUGUGCUUUUUCCGCACAAGAGCAAGCAAAUUCGUUCUGUGGUCAUGCAGUUCUGGAAUGCCACCUUUGGAAAUGCACUCACCUUGACUUACUCUGAGCCUCUCAGGUCUGUUUUAAGUCAGGCUAAGCAAAAGACUCCCCUGAUUUUACCUGGUUUUGAAGCUGUUGGUGCAUCAGAUGAUUGCAGCGGACAGUAUACGGGUGAGAGUUCUCAGCUGGACCCACCGAUUAGCGGGGUAAAGAUGACCUCUGUGGGAAAGAGGGACUCUCUUCUGGAGAGGGCAGAAGAGCUAAAAGGAAGAGGCUCUGCAAAUGCAGCAAAGCCGGUGUCUGUAAAGCUGGAUUUUGGAUCACCCAAGCCCUUGAAGCGAAAAGCUAUUGAGGAGGAGGCAUCAGUGGAUUUUGUUUUUAUUCCCCCAGAGACAAAGGAGAGAGUACUAACUGAGCACCAAAAAGAGAUUAAAAGAACUAAACGGGUUGACAUUCCUGCACUGUAUAAUAAUCUGGAUGCCUCCCUGGACACCACAGCCUUUACACAGUUUACUCAGAGUCAGGAAGAGUCCAUGGGCAAAUUGACAAAAGAUGAACUGGAUCAACCAGAGGAAGAGGCUGACAUACAGCUUAAGGAGGUUGCCACAACUGAGGAACCAACCACAGAUGUUAAACUAACCCAAGAAGGCACCGGGUUGGUCGUAGAAACACCAGAGAAAACUUCACAAAAUAAAGAUCAAAGUUCUGAGAAGAAUCUAUCACCAUCCAGUGACAUCUCAGUUGAUGUGAGUGGGCAUGAGAAAAGUGGACUUGAGGGGACCAGCCCUAAUGUUUCAGGUUCAUCUGAUAUGAUCUCAGGUACACCACCUAAACCCAAUAGGAGGCGUCAGUCUUUCAUAACCUUAGAGAAAUAUGUUGAUGGGAAAUCACCAAGUCCUGCAAGUGUUGCAUUUACUGGUCUGCACAUUCGCAAAUCGAGAAGACUGAGUUCUUCAAAGGCAUUGGAGGCUACUCCAAAUGACUCGCAACUUCAGAAUACAAAAGUGGACUCUCGAAAGAGGAGCAGCACUGACCCAUCUGCUCAAAAUGAGGAAGUAACAGAGAAGAUGUUAACAGGAGGUCAUCGAGGUGAAGGUACAGAUGAAGAAGAGGAUGUGGUCCCAGAUACCCAGACCCAGUUAUCUGGUGACACAUCAGGUGAUGAGAAAAGUCCUGUGUCCAAAGCCAGUGUAGAGGAACAAGAUUCCCCUGAAAAAGAUUCACAGAGUCUUGCUGAUUCUCAAGCUAGUCAAGAACCUAGAAGGUCAGGCAGACGGCGAAGUAAACCUGUACGCCCAGGGGAAGAUCCAGGGGAGAUGAAAAACAAAUGUCAAGAACAAGUUGCAGAUUCGAUGGUGACAAAUACACAGAAUCCCAUACUGUCUCCAACAAUUAGCACUUUGACUGGAAGAAGGAGAAGUAAAGUUAUUGAAGACAGUAAAGUUGAAGACCAGUUGAACAAAGGAAUAAAACAAGAGCUUAACAAAAGUAAUUCACCGAUUUCCUCUGCAGGAUCUUCACAGGCACUUCCACAGGUUCCGAUGUUUAUGCUUGGUAAUAAAGAGCCAAGCGAAAUUCUGUCCUCUUCUGAUAGUUAUCCUGUAACUCGGUCGGAUAGCCAAAGCAAAGAGAGAUUGUCAGCUCUCAGUGAGUCUGAAAGUCUGUCACCAGGUAGACCUACGAGGAAGACUAGAGUGCACCUUGAGGAAUCAAUAGACAAGGAGGCAGAUGAAAACUCGCAAAACGGUCCUCAUAAUGCGUCCACUUUGAAAAAGAAAUCUUCACAUACACCCGUUUCCGAUUCUGAGGCUGAUAGCCAUCAAACUGCCCGAACGCGAAGAACAAGGAGAUCUGAAUCUCAAUUACUGGAGUUGGCUGGUUCACAGACCAAAGACGACUUAAGUCAGACAGACUCUCAAACACCGAAAAUUAUGAAGGGUAGAGUUAUGCGAAGGAGAACUGCAGAAGAAGAGACAGACCAUAGUACUAGAGAUGCCACAUCAACUGUAAAUCCUGAAGAGUUAAGUGCAAGCCAAGAUUCCUCAGAAGGUCUGGGUAGAUACAGAACUCGGCGCUCUAAAGGUUUGUUGCCUCCUACCGACAACCCAGAGUCUGAAAACUCUGAUAGCCAACAAGAUGGACCAAGGCCUAAAAAGAGACCACGGAAACCAUUAUCCACAGAGGUGCUGCCAGUUGCCACAGAGCAGAGAGUUACCGAGAUGGUGCCAGAUAAGGAGGGUGUUGGUGUUUCAAUGGAGAUGUCAGAGGAUGAGGCAGAUAUUGAAACUAGUUUGAAUAUUUUAGUCAUUGAGACCAAAGAACUUGAGCAAAAGUACAAAGAGGUCCCUGCCCCUGAUGUUAUACCCCAUGAACAGAUUACCUCGGAAAAAGAUGUAAAAAUUAAGAUCAGAUCUGAACUGAAGACUGAUACAGAUGAGGAGGUCAUUAGUGAGAAACCGGAAAAUGAAGAAUUGAAUUCAUCUUCACAGAUUGGAUUGGAAGAUUUAAAAAAGAAGAAUAACAUGCCGCAUAAAUGCCCACAUACCAGGGGACGGGGCCGUGGGCGUAGACGAUCUAGAAGUUGCAACUGCUUUUCAAACAACCGUGAUGUGUUCUCACAGGGCAGUGACUUCCAAAAAUCACAGGAUCUGAAAAGUGAACCGGUUCCACUUGUCACUGAUGCCCCGAACUCUCAAUCUGAGCAGUCAAGCUCUACAUCUGUAGCAAAGAAAAGUGAGAGUUCAGAAAUUGCAGAAGUCUCAGAUGCUGAUGUUCAGCCAUUUUUAGCCUUGCCCUCUCAACUCCCAUCUGAGGUAUUCCCUUCUGAAAGUCCCAUUGCAAAGCUCGGUGUAAUUGUUUCUCAGCUGUCUGAAGCAGAAGGAACACAUGAAUCAUCCAAACCAACAGGUGAAUCAAACAAGGAGCAUGUAGAGCUCCCGGAGGCAGAAACAAAGCAGUUGGAGAAUUCUGGGUGCACAGGUAGUCAAAAUCACAAAGAAGAGGGAUUGGAAAAUGCUUCAGUAAGUCAAGAACCUCUGCAGAGUUCGACACCUCAAGACACAUCUCCAAGUCAAGGUCGCCCAGUGGAAGAUGCACCUAUAUGCCAAGAGCAGCUAGAGUCUUCCCAUGUCCAGCAGGAGGAUGCAGUUAACCCAGCAGUGAAGGAAAGUGAAGACCUUGCUGUUUCCAAGCCCAGUGGAGAAAAGUUUAUGCUGCCAGGGGAGUCAAAUGGCAAAGAACUGCUUGACAAGGAUGUUGCUCUUGUUGAGAAGGAUGAAGACGCUCCGAUAGACAAACAGGAUCCUCCUGUGGACCCACAAGAGGAGACGUCUGUACCCCCUGAAAGUAGUACCUCUGGAGUCUGCUUGGAUUCACCACCCAAGCCUAAACCUUUGGACACUCUUAGUGGUGCACUAGAGCCUGGCCAGAGUCCGAGCAAAAACCGAUCUUGUGGCUGGACUCCAUCUGCAUCUCCAUCCACCAGUAUUCUGAAGAAGGGGCAGAAGAGAACAUGUGAAGAGGAUACACCCUCCCCUCUUCAUAAGUCUCGUCGAGUGUCUUUUGCAACUCCAAUUUAUCAUCAAGAACUGGCUGAUGAUAUUGAUCGACGUAGUCCAGUUAUUCGCACAAGCUCACCUAGGUCCAAAGUCUUGAGUGGACAAUCGAAGUAUAUCACUACACCCACAAAAGGAUAUACAAGUCUAAGUCCACGUAACCUCCGUAGCCCUGGAUCCAAAAGCUCUAAAAAAUGCCUGAUUUCAGAAAUGAGCCAGGAGCCACGUCCUAUUGCUAAAGAUUGCGUUUAUCCAGCACUUGUGGGCUGUUCUACCCCUGUAGAGGCAGUUUUACCACAGAUAUCCUCCAACAUGUGGUCUCGUGGCUUUGGUCAGCUUGUUAGAGCAAGAAACAUCAAAACGGUUGGAGACCUGAGUGCCCUUACCCCAAGUGAAAUUAAGUCUCUUCCUGUUCGCUCGCCUAAACUUUCCAAUGUGAGGAAAGCACUUAAAACCUAUCAUGAACAGCAGAGAAAAGGGCAUUUUGAUGACCUAAAGAGUUUUGAGGAAAUGGAGAAAAUGACGUCUGAGCCUGAAGAGAUGGAGCUUCCUCAAAACCAAGAGGACGAGCAAACACCAGGAGAGGCUCAAGAUGACAGACCAUCAGAAGUGGAAGCAGAUUCAGAACCAGUGGCUGAGGAGAACAAAUCUUGUGAUUUGAUCUCAGAUGUUGAAUCCCUUAGUGGACGCCUAACUUCAGAGGGGCUUGGUCACUGCUCACCUGACCAGCUGGGCCUGAUGCACGAACAUCUGAGCGGAAUGAUGAGAAGCAUUGUGACCCACAUGCAGUCCCGCUUGCGGAGUAAUCUUGAUGAUGGCUUGCCAUGAAGAUAUAGACUUUUUCCUGACAUAAGAUUCACUUUUAACUUUAAGAUUAACAGUGGACUGCUCAUUUCUCAAGUUUUAGCUUGAAUUUUAGAGUAGAUGACUUUUUAAUUAUGUUCUUUCAGAUAAUAGACUUUAAUGGCCGAAAGCCAUUUCAAUUGCUACUUAAGUGUCAAUGUAUUUUAUGGAGUGAUUUUUUUUAAGACUAAAAUUGUGCUGAGAUGCCAAGAAAACUUAAAAAAAAAAAUAAUAAUAAAGUUAUACAAUUAAUACAA